AUUCACGGUUAACCAUGGCUCCAAUGUUGGCAUGCCCCUGCUGGCUACCUCCGGUUCUCCAUUGGAUAGUAUAAGUCAGAGCACAGCACCAGAACCUUCAUCUCGGCGCAAAGACCCGCUAUCUCGUCAUCAUUCUCAGCCAGUACUUCCACCUUCUCGACCAUCUGCCUUGGCCGCUCUACCGCCCCCUCUUCACCUCCCACACUUUCACCUAUAUUUUUUACUUAACAAAAUGGGCCCCUUUACCACAACAAAAUUGACUUCCGGUUGACGGAAUAAAUGCCUUCUCGUCGACCAGAGGUCUGAAAAAGCUCAAAGUUGGGAUAGUUAGGACUCGUUUGCAGAGAUUUAGCCAGCCGCUUAAAAGUCACUACCGAAACUACCGUAUUUAGGUCGUUGUGAUCUUGUCCAGUUGUAUAACCUAUGGCCUAUAAAAACAAACAGUCUGACUGCCCAACGUACCUAGAGACAGGCCACCAUCAUAUUCCGAACCAUUCAUCAUUACAUUCCGUCUACGCUAGGGCGAAUCUCGGUUGUCGCUUCACCAUGUGCGACUGGGCCAUAAACUACUACAUCUACACGACGUGCUAUGACCCGAUGUAUCACUUCUUCCGCACCUCGGUUGACGGCAGCCCCAAGAAUUCCUGCCCCAGCGCUCCCCAUGGGCGCUACAUCGUGCAGCAAGGAAACUGCCCGCUUUGCUUAUAUGGCAGAUGACAAUGGCCGGCCGACUGCUCCGGGCUCGCCCUCCGCAGAAGUCGAAUGCGACCGAAGAACCAGUUUCUUGUUGCCUAUGACCGACUGGACAGAUCCCGCUCUUCCUGUUCUGUUGUUCGGUGGGAAAGUUGGUUCCCCCCUAUCGGAUUUAACAUAGCCAGCCGGAAACGACGGAUUCCAGCGGGACGGGGACGGGAAACAUUCGGCUUGGGCUGAUCUUCACUCCUUUUCUAAAGAUAUACACUUUGUGGCAGAGUUCUUUUUGACAGACUAGUUUUUCGCUUUUUCCAGCGCGAGCAUUACUAGGUACACAGUCAUAAGGUCACCCUCAUAACGGGUCCCCAGCGUCUUCAGGUCGUGGUAAUGGAAAGCCUGCUUUUUUUUCUUUCUUCAUUUACUUUCUCGCAUGCGUUUUGGGAGGACGGGGGGCUGAUACCAGACCCCUUGGACUUGGACUUCAGGGAGAGGGGGUUGGCGAGAAAGGGGGUUGGGAACUGCACAAGGAUAGAUACAUGGAACCCCUGAAUCGGGUGCGGGCCGGCCAACUUACCUACUGCAAAGGCCAGUGUAUAACUGCCUGCUAAUUACUCCUCCUCAUAAGUAAUUCCACGUAUAAUGCUUAUGUACAUACAUACAUACAUACCUA